UCGCCGCCCGCCUUUCCGCUCGUUCAAGGUCGAGUCCGAGGGUGCGGGCUUGGACCCGGGAGCUGCGGCGCAGGAGUCCGCGCACUGCCCAUGGACUCGUCGGGGGACCCCGAAGGCCCACGCCCCCCAGGAGGUUACAGAGAGCAGCGAGGCCGGAUGUACCUCUGUGGCUUGGGUCGUGUCUCUUUAACAGCAAUUCAAUUAGCUUUAGCGUGCUUUGUUUGCGAGAGAUUCGAAAAGGAGGGGCCUGGCAGUGGGGCUCGGGUCAGCGUGUUUUUUCUCUCUGGAAAGGGUUAAAGUUUGCGCACUGGGGUGGUGCGGAUGUGGCCUCUAAUGACUUUCUCUCUGUAGCUCUACUUUUAAGUACUAUGUGUUUAAGAAUGCAUUCAAAUAAGUGUGCCUGUUAGACAAACGAAAACGAGCCCCACUGUUGUCCCUCUCGCCCCUUUAACUUUCUCUCAGUUCCCUUCCUCAUCCACUACCAAAAGUUUUACACAGAUUCUUAAGACUUCCUCCUGUUGCACAGAUUUCUUUUUCUAGACAACAAUGGCAACCUCUGAAAAAAUAGAGCAAUUCAAAUAUACUUUUCUUACUUAAAUUUCUUUUAUCUCAAAACCAUUUAAUUUAAAAAUAGCAAAUAGAUUUACUGGAUGUUUGGAACUGAGUAAAUGCCCUCGUGUCUUUAAAUUAAAUGGAAAUUUAGCCCUGGGAAUAAGUAUUAAAUUAAUUGAUGCAGAAGACCUGUAAUUAUUGUAAAACACUGAUUUAUAGAUUCAUGGCACUUGUCUUUCCAGGAGCUGCCAUUGUAAGUAUUAAUUCUCCAGUUGAAUGAUUUAGCUUAUUUUCUCCUACUUACACUUCACUUGACUUCAAUAGUACCCUCUUAAUAAACCACUAACAUGACAUGCUUAAAAUGUGAUUGAGUCCAUGUAGCAUAUGAAGCUAGUAACUUGAGAAAGCACACUAUACUUCAGAGAACAGUACUCUGGAGAGCACCCUGUGGCCUCAUCCUUCUUGAAGGAAUCUAUUAAAGGUGAUGGCCCUCCAGGAGGUGCAAGGGAGACAUCCAGGCAGCUUUCAAGAGAACAGAUUUUUGUACUGAUAUCAGCAGCUUCCAUUAACUUAGGUUCCAUGAUGUGCUAUUCUAUCCUUGGACCUUUUUUCCCCAAAGAGGCUGAAAAGAAGGGAGCCAGCAAUACAGUUAUUGGUAUGAUCUUUGGAUGUUAUGCUUUGUUUAACUUGCUGGCAUCUUUGGUAUUUGGAAAAUACCUUGUACAUAUUGGAGCAAAAUUUAUGUUUGUAGCAGGAAUGUCUGUCUCAGGAGGAGUUACAGUUCUCUUUGGUGUAUUGGACCAAGUUCCAGAAGGACCCGUGUUUAUUGCUAUGUGUUUUCUAGUGAGAAUAAUUGACGCAAUCAGUUUUGCUGCAGCAAUAACCGCAUCUUCUUCUAUCCUUGCAAAGGCUUUUCCAAAUAACGUGGCUACAGUAAUGGGAAGUGUUGAGUCUUUUUCUGGACUGGGUCUAGUACUAGGGCCUCCUUUGGGUGGCUUAUUGUAUCAAUCCUUUGGCUAUGAGGUGCCUUUCAUUCUUCUGGGAUGCAUAGUUCUGCUGAUGGUUCCCCUCAACAUGUGUAUUUUACCUAAUUAUGAGUCUGAUCCAGGGAAGCACUCAUUCUGGAAACUCAUCAUUUUACCCAAGGUUGCCUUUAUAUCCUUCGUCAUUACCUCACUCAGCUCAGGUUUUGGCUUCCUUGAUCCUACGCUGUCCCUCUUUGUUUUGGAGAAGUUUAAUUUACCAGCUGGAUAUGUGGGACUGGUAUUCCUGGGUUUGGCACUAUCCUACGCCAUUUCUUCACCACUGGUGGGCCUACUCAGUGAUAAAAUGCCACAUCUAAGGAAAUGGCUUCUCGUUUUUGGAAACUUAAUCACAGCAGGGUGCUACAUGCUCUUAGGACCUGCCCCAUUCUUGCACAUUAAGAGUCAGCUCUGGUUGUUGGUGCUGAUAUUAGUCAUAAAUGGUAUCUCUGCUGGAAUGAGUUUAAUUUCAACUUUCCCAGAGAUUCUCAGCUGCGCACAUGAAAAUGGAUUUGAAGAAGGAUUAAGUACCUUGGGACUUGUGUCAGGUCUCUUUGGUGCACUGUGGUCAGUUGGUGCUUUUGUAGGACCAACGCUGGGAGGAUUUCUGUAUGAGAAAAUUGGUUUUGAAUGGGCAGCUGCUCUGCAGGGUCUCUGGGCUCUGACAAGUGGACUAGUGAUGGGCUUGUUUUAUCUAUUGGAGCAUUCAAGGAGAAGAAGGAGAUCUAAACUUCAAAAUAGCCUCGGCACAGAGGAGGAACGGACUGCUCUCUUGCCUGAUGAAACGUAGCCUUACCUUAGGGAUCCCUACUGAUACGGGGCUGGGAGAUGGAUGCUCCUGGCCUUGAACUUCAUCGCUGGAAGGAUUUUCCUAAUUUUUACACACAAAACUCCAUGGACUCCACACCAGCAUCCUGAAAUUGUUAACAUAGUUUUGGAUGAUCCUGUGUUGGGCUGCACAUACUGUUGUCCUGAAGAGCUGGCCUGCUGAACCAGCCAUAUUUGAAACCUUAAGUAUGCGAAGAGUUGUUGAAAAUCAACAAAAGUUUUUGGUUUUGAGUGACCAGAUUUGGCCCCGAGGAUGUUACUGACUCUAGGUGUCCUGUUUCCGCUGUUUACUUUUUAUUCUGAGGGCACUGAUUCUGUGACUGUACCCUUUUUAUUAACAGGGAAAGAAAUGAAUUGAUUUGAUAUGCUUAAAAAUAAUAUAAAGAUAACUCAAAAUAUACUUAAUAAUUACUGUGAAAUCAGUUUUUAAAAUAUUUGCUUUCUCUGUGUCCUAAGAUUUUUUUGUUUUUGUUCAAAAGGCAAAAUUCCAGCCUACCGUGGAAAAACUCUAUUGCAUACCCUGGCCAUCAGCUCUUCUAAAACUAUUGUUUGUGUGAAAGAUACAAGAAUAAUAUUACUUAACACUUCCAAUUUUGUAACAUGCUGUGAAUUAGGAUCUGGAUUUAUAAAUAAUGCUUUGUAUAAUAUUA